ACAAGCAAGCAUCAAUCCUGUUUAUUAAGCAACAUGAUAAGAUUAACUCUGGUGCGUUGCUUGUGGUCUUCAAUGUUUCCCAUACAUGGGCAGAAAACGAAACAUUUCUCACCUGGAGGACAUGGAACGGGCUCGAGCGAAUUUAGCAUCCGGGAAUUUCGUGGCGAGGGAAGACUCAGAACUGGCAUGUUCUUCUGAAUCUCGCCGUGAAGAUCGACCAAUGGACCGAGUAUACGAUGCCAAUGUCCUUCGACAUUGGCCAGGAGGCAUUGUCCCUUACAAGUUUAUUUCUACCACUUUCACCAAAAUUGCCAAGGACGUGAUUGCCCAGGCCAUUGCUCACAUUGAGCAAAACAGUUGUAUUCAAAUUCGCCCAGCAACGCCCUCUGACGUUCAUACCGUUGGCAUGACCAAUGAACCCAAUGGGUUGUUACGCUUCUUUAGGAUUUUCUGAAGGGAAAGGUUUCCAAAACCAGCAUCAUACGUACAAUCUUGCUCCCGGCGGAUGUGAUUAUGUAAGCACAGCGGUCCAUGAGUUUCUACACAUUCUGGGUGCCAGUCACGAACAAACGCGUCCAGAUCGAGAUGAUUUUGUUUUCAUUAAUUGGACCAAUAUUGAGAGCGGUAAAGAACACAACUUCUUCAAGACCCGAUCACCCACGACUCCGGCUUCGGUUCCGAUUUGCAACUCGGGACCUACUUCUUCGGGACCUGACUUUUUCGGCUGUACUACAUCCAGUGUCACGGAUACUUAUGGAUUUGACUAUGAUUAUCAGUCUGUGAUGCAUUAUUCCAAGACUGCAUUUGCCGUGUCCAAUUCUGUUCAGACCAUAACUCCCAUUCCUACCGCCAGUGUGACUGUGGGAAACAAUGUUGGAAUGUCCCCAUUGGAUAUCUCCAAACUCAAUGCUGCCUACAAUUGUCCCAACCGUAGUCCAUCGAGUUCAUGUGAUAUGUCUCUUAUUGGCACAAUGGGAACGCUAGAUCAGAGCACGGCCAUGGAUGGCUGCGAGAUUUUCAUCACCGUUCCUGUGGGACACACCAUCGAGUUCUUUUUUACUGACUUCAAUUUCCCAGAUUGCUCCAAGUCCAUCGCGAUCCAUGAUGGUGAGAUCCCUUCAGAAUUUAACUUGAUCGGCGAGUAUUGUUCCACAACAUGUGCCCACGGUCUUAACGACCAGCUCCAAUAAGGCUCGCUUAAUGAUUAGCAUUCCUACCAACGGGCAAUAUAGUUUGAAAUGGAAAGCCGUAGCCAGCCCUUGCUGUUCUACUGUGGAGGUUGCAGGCACAACACCGGGGCAAACGAGUCGUUUGGGAACUUAUGACAUCGAGUCUGUCACCACAACAAUCAAUGGCGCAACCCGCCCAGUUUAUAAAAUGGGCACUCAAUCGUUGGCUUAUACCACUCGGAAUGGGUUAUAACUACCUACAAUAUAACAACUACCUCCGGA